AUGGCUGCGCUGCGAUGGCUCGUCCUGCUCUUGCUGGCGACUGCCGGACCGUCGGUCCAGGAUACGGGGGUGGUGCGGCUUCGAGACGUGGUGCCCGAGGAUUAUGACGUCAUGCGACCACCUCGGACUGUUCAAGGUGAGUGCGGACGGCCAGUCGCUGUGAACGUCUCGGUGUCUGUGCUGAACAUCAGGUCCGUGGAUGAGGCUCGUCAGUUCAUGGAAGUGGACGUCUUUCUGCACGAGGAGUGGAAGGACCCGCGCCUGCUGGCCCCCGCCGACAAGGUGGUCUUGGACCCCCGCUGGCACCCGGACCUGUGGACUCCGGAGACGUACUUCAAGAACUCGGCCGACGGCCGGCUGGACAAGGUCAUCUUUCCCUACCACUACAUGACGCUGGACCGGAGCGGCACUGUGUUCAUGGCCGCCAGGGUGUCCAUGAAGCUGGCCUGCAAUAUGGACCUCACGCGCUUCCCCCACGACAACCAGCUCUGCGACAUGCUGCUCAGUAGCCUGAUCCACAGCAACGACAGCGUGGUACUGCAGUGGAAGUCCUUCCGCGUCACCAAGAACCUGUCCCUGUCGCAGUUUAAGGUCCUGGACGGCGGUCAUGGGGACUGCACGAAGAAAUACGAAGUCGGUACGUUCGGCUGCCUGUACGGCCGCCUCGAGCUCCGUCGCCGGGCGGGCUACUACCUGAUCAACAAGUACGCCCCGAGCACGCUGAUCGUGGCGAUGUCCUUCGUAUCCUUCUGGAUGCCCCACGAGGCGGUCCCGGCACGCGUCACCCUCAGCGUCACCUCCCUACUCACCAUAGUGACUCAACAAUACCAGUCUGCCACCCCGGGCGUCUCGUACGUCGUGGCGCUCAACGUUUGGAUGAUCGCCUGCAUCACCUUCGUCUUCUUGGGCCUCGUCGAGUAUGCGCUCGUCGUGGCCUGCAUCGCCAAGAACAAGGCGCGCGAGGCCGGCAGGGACUCCUGGUGGCCUCGACCCGUCCUGGUGGACAGGUGCUGCAGGCUCAUCUUCCCCGCAGCCUUCAUUCUGCAUGGCCUCAUCUACUGGGGCGUCUACGGACGACACUAG